AUGUCCAAUCGGCGCGGGAAUGAAGGUGGUUCGGUGAAACAGGGCGAGAGGGCGGCGGCGCCAAAGUCCACCACUGGGGAAAGUUCACAGAGGCCGACUGGUGCGCAAGAUGAUACCAUUCGCGAGGAAGUAGUUGGCGGCGACAAUGGUGGCGGCGAUAACAACAACAACACCAAGAACGACGGGAACAACAAGAACGAUCAGGACGGUGGUAAUCCGGACAACCCCCCCGACAGACCGGACUAUCUGGACAAACAUCCUCAACUGGGCCCGUUGUUCGACAGGCUGCCCAACAUCAUCAACGUCGCGAGACACGGAGAAAUAUGGGGCGUGAACCUUUUGGAUGAACGCCAUAUUCCUACCGUGAAUAUCCUGAUCAAGUUCCUGCGCGCCAGUGACGGUGACCUGCACAGGGCGGAGGAACGCCUGAUCAGUGUGCUAGAGUGGCGCCGGGACAUGAACCCGAUUCGGCUGGCCAACACGCAGCACAAUCACCAGAGGUUCAGGGACUUGGGGUACCUGACACAUUACACAGACAAUGCCGGGGAGGAAGUGGUCACGACGUGGAUUAUCUACGGGGUGGCGAGGGAUUUCAAUAUUACCUAUGGCAAUCGAUACAAUUUCCGUGAUUGGCACAUAGCGCUCCUGGAGAUGGCCGCCCACGAGUUGAAGAUUGACGAGUCCACGAUCGUAAUGAACUAUGGCGGCCCCGACCCACACAAAAUGCGGCAGGUGCAGGACUUCAAAAAUGUCAGUUUCACCCAGUCAGGGUACUCCAAAUUCAAGCGCUGCGCCAAGUGGACCAUCGACACCGUCACCGCGGCCUACCAGGAGCUGCUGUACGAGAGGUACUUCGUCAACGUCCCAGCCAUCAAGGGCUGCAGGUCUAAGUUCAGCGAGAUCUUGCGGAGCCAGAACACCACCCGCCCGUUCUAUGCCAUUACCGACGGCAAGGAACUGUCCUCCAAAUUUCCGAAUUCUAUUAAAGUCCAGUUGCCCCAAUCUUAUGGCGGGAAGGGCGGGGACCUGCAGACCAACGCCCGCGAGGUGCAUCUGAGGGCGCCCUCUGUAACAUUAAUCACGGCAGAUUCACGACGAAAGAUUACGUUCAACAGACUCUUCUGGUGGUAG